CACUGGCUGCCUUGAACACAUUCCCCAGGCUAAUGGGAAGACAGAGCCAGUUUAAAGUGUAAUCUCUGUUCUUGCACAUUCACUAGGGGUAUCCACGACAUCCUUCCAUGGCCCUGAAGAAGAAACUUAAUUUUUUAUGGACAUUAGUUCUGUAUUUGAUAGCCAGCAGACUGCCCAAGGCAUUCGGCAAAGAUCUUCCUAGGGUGCCAACUAUCACGGAUCCGAAAUUUAUAGAUGCAUUCCUCAACAUCCACAAUGAACUGCGACGCAAGGUCCAGCCCCCGGCAGCUGAUAUGAAUCAACUGUUUUGGGACCAGCAGCUGGCAAAACUAGCGAAAGCAUGGACUAGAGAGUGCAAACUUGCCCAUAAUCCCUGUAUCAAACAACGAUACGAAUGUCUUGAGGACUAUGACUUUAUUGGAGAAAAUAUUUAUUUGGGUAGAAUUGAAACCCAACCAGAAGAUGUUGUUAUUAAUUGGUAUAAUGAAAGUAAAUAUUUUAAUUUUGAUUUUAAUACCUGUUCUGAAAUGUGUGGCCAUUAUACACAGAAAUCUGCUGUGAUCUCGUUUUCCCCACCUGCUGUUGCUUUUACGUCUUGAUCGACUUUACACAAAGUAUGUCAGGUGCCUUGGUCUUCACACAUUCCUUGUGCUUUUGAAUCUUGAGCUUUCCCCACACUAAAUCUAUAGAUUAAAAUACAUUUGGAAAACAUGGGUGGCUGUUUCUCACAAUAGUUUUCUCUUCCUAGUUGCCUGCUAGUACAGUAUGCUAGAACAUACUGGAAGUAUGUUCAAAUCAUGCCAGUUUGAUGUCUCUAUUAUGUUUAUGGUAUUUUUCUCUCCCCAAUCAAUUUGAUAACUUUACUACUGUGUCUUUAACCCAUUAUAGUUUCUUCUACAUGCUAACACCCCACUAAUUUGGUUUAGAUUCCCUUUUUUCUUUUUGAAAUUAAAAUAUGAUGACAUCAUAUUUCUCCAACCAUUUCUUCCCUCCAGUC